GGUUGUAAUGGUGUAUUCUAGAGUAAGGAGGUGAUGACAAUAUUGAAAAGUGUAGGAUAGAUGGUACAAAAAGGAAAAAUACCUAAGGAAUGGUAUUUUUGCAUUUGGAUCCUCAUGGCAUCUAUUGAUAAUAACCCAAUCAUAUCUCUGUAGUAAAAGAUAAAUGUAAAAAAAAAAAAAGCACAUCCCCAUUUCUAGUUUGGAAAUGUAUUCUAGGAGACACUUGCUUUAGAGCAGAUGUGUAAAAUCUUGAAGAAGGAAUUAUGUAAUUUAUUAUGGAAUCAUGAAUAUGUAUAAUAUAUUUUGUUAAUUAUUUUACCUCAGCUCUUUGAGGAUUUUUUUAUUUUCAAGAGGUAGAAUGCAGUUGUUUUUAACUGAAGAUAAUUGCUGAAUCUUUUUAGGCAUAUGAAAGAAGAUUUUAUCAUCUGAACCAAGAUGUAUCACUUGUACUAAGGACAGCCUCCUUCCAGGGUCACUGUCUGAUGCUGUCGGGCGUGUGACGAUGGACGACAAGCAUGAGGAGCACCGCCAGAGGCUCCGCAACAAGCAGACAGCUAGCGGGGCAGAGCACAUCGCUGCAGGAAUACGAGGGCUUGGUCUUGGCUUGUACGGUGGCCUCACUAGUAUUGUGUCCCAGACCUAUACUGGUGUCACUCAAGAGGGCAUUCCAGGAUUUUUCUCUGGCUUCGCCAAGGGCAUGGUCGGCACAGUGACGAAGCCAGCCAUUGGGUUCUUAGACCUUGCCAGCAGCACAUCUCUGGCUGUUCGUGAUACCAGCAAAAAUCCUUUACAAAAGAUGCCAGUGCGCACUCGCAAGCCAAGGUUGGUGAUUGGGUUGAACGGGAUGAUGCCAAGAUAUGCUACAAACCAAGCUAUUGGACAGGAGCUGCUUCUCUCCUUUGACAACACUCGUCAAGAAAUAUUCUUUGGAUAUGAAGUGCUUCGUGAAGGUGAAGAGGACUUACGAGUCCUGAUAUCCAGUGAACAAGUGCGGGUGUUUAGUCAGAGUGAGCCCAUGCUGCCUCCAACCUCUGUUCUUAAUGUCUGUUAUAGGGAUUUGUAUCAGUGUAAGCCAGUGGUUCUCCAAGUCGAGGGAUCUUCUGUGGACCACAAGCAUUACAUUGAACUAACUCUCAAGGCAGAAAAGACUGAAGGAAUAGCACGAGCUUCAGAACUGGCCUACAAACGGCCAAAGGUGCGCUGUGAUUCAAGAAACAUUGCUUGGAAGGUUGCUCAACAAAUCAACUAUGCAAGGAACUUACAUGAAGAAUUAAGACAGACCCUGCAUAGCCAGGAUGAAGACAGUGUCGAUGAUUAGUAUUCGCCUAAAGACCGACCAAUUCCAGUUUUGUUUUAAUCUAGUCUUUUCUAUUUUUAUUGUUAUUUAAAGGUUACUUUGGUAUUCAAGUAGAAGUUCUUGUUGUGGCAAUUGUUACUAAAUGUGCAUUUAAUGUGUUUCUCUGUUUGUACAAAGACAAUGUAGAACCAUUUAUUUUUUGUGAGACUAUAUAGUUGAAUAACCAAAAUGAUAUUAUCACUUGCAUAUAUCAAGUCAAAGCUGUGUUGAAAGAUAGAUAUAUAAAUAAAUGUAUAGAUCUGUGUAAUAUAGAUCUGUAUAUGUCUACAUAUGUAUAUCGUUAAAUGUAUAUAUCUAUAUCUUUAUCCAUUUAUAUAAAGAUGUAUAUGUAUAUAUGUAUAUAUGUAGAUAUGUAUGCAUAUAUGUAUAUGUGUAGAUGUAUAUGUGUAUAUACAUAUGUGUAUUUAUAUGUGUAUAGGUGUGAA